AAAAUUAAUUAUUUUAAUUUUUUUUUCUCUCUUUUAUUUUACUCUCUUUUUUAAAAAAAGAUCUUAUCAUGACACAACAACUUCCACAACUUCCAUCAAUUCAACGAGUUUUUCUUGAAUCAAUUGUAUCGUCAUCAGACCCUGAGGGACGUUUCGUAGAAGUCAAUGGAGUUCAAGCAUUUUAUAAAUUAGUAAUCCCAGCAAGUCAUCGACAAUUAAUACAAAAAAAGCAACUUGUUCCAAAUGAACCAAAUAAACCUGUAAUACUUUUAUUACAUCAAAUUCUUGGAAAUCAAUAUACUUGGAGACAUCUUAUGCAACCUUUAGCUGAUGCUACAGGAUGUCAUGUUAUUGCUUAUGAUAGAAUAACUUUUGGAUUUACUGAAAGACCUACACAAUGGGAAGAAGGAAAAAAUCCUUAUACUCAAGAAGCGUCUGUAGAAUUUGCGUUACAAUUUGUGAAUAAUUUAGGAUAUGGGGAGAAAAAGAUUGUAUUUGUUGGAGUAUCUGCUGGUGCUGCUAUAAGUUGUACUAUUGCUAUCAGAUAUCCACAUUUAGUACAUUCUUUAUGUUUAUUAGGUCCUUCUAUAAGUCCUGAUGAUCAAGGACCACCACCAAUUGGUAGACAUAUAUUAGGUUCAGCUCCAGGUCGUCUUUUCUUAAAAGCUGCAUUAUAUCGUUAUCUACCACUUACGACUCUUUAUCAUGACCCAGAUUCAAUUCCUGAUUGGGAAACUGUAGUAAAACCAAAUUAUCGAGUUCCUUUAACUUUACCAAAUUUUUAUGAAUCACUUUCAUGGUUAAUGAAAUAUUUUGUACCAUUAGAAAUUUUACCUCAUAAAAGAUAUUUAGCACAAGUACCAAUGUUAUAUAUAUCAGGUGAUGAUGAUAAAUAUUUACAUAUUGAUAAACACAGGGAAAUUUUCGAUGAUAUUAUUUCAGUUGCUCCUUCAGAUGCUAAAAUUGAAUUUAAAGUAAUACAAAAUUGUGGUCAUUUACCUCAAGAUGAAAAACCUCAAGAAGUUUUAGAUUCCAUUAUUAACUUUUUAUAUAGAGUUGGAAUUUAAUAUUAUUUUGUGCCAUUCGUUUUUUUUAUUUUUUAAAAAGAAUGUUUUAAUCGUUUUUUUUUUUGGUUUUUUUUCUAUGAAAAAAAAAAAAAAAAUUUUUAUUUUUCUCGUUAUCACUUAGUAUUAUCAGCG